CCUUCAGGCUACAUUCUACUUGUUCUUCUGGUGAAGGAAGUUCACUUAUAUUUCCAAAAGAUGUCUGCUCUUCUGGAAAACAUCAUGGCCAUCAUUGACAUAUUCCAACAAUAUUCAAAAACAGAUAAAGAUACUGACACACUGAGCAAAGAAGAGCUGAAGGAACUUCUGGAAAAAGAGUUUCGCCCAAUCCUGAAGAAUCCAGAUGACCCAGACAUUCCUGAUAUCUUCAUGGACAUCCUUGACAUAGAUCACAAUCAGAAAGUAGACUUUGCAGAAUAUUUUCUUAUGGUAUUCAAGUUGGCAAAAGCGUGCUAUGAAACUAAAGCAAGAGACAAAUUCCAAGCAUUGGGACAAAAGCAGAAAAGGAAUGGAUAUGAUAAGAAACAUGUAAAAAAUGAAAGAAAAGAAACAGAACACAAAGACAAUGAGGAGGAAGAUACAGAGAAAAAACCCAGUCAUUCAACAAUGACUGCAAAGGAAAAGGAACAAAGAUCCAAGACACAAAAAGAAAGAGGAAGGAAGAGACAUGAGUCCACUACUCAAAAACAGAGUAAAAAAGGUGAUACAUCUCAUGAAAGAAAAACAAAAGGACAUGAACAAACACGUCAUGAAUCAAGGGGGAAAAACAAAAGUAGGUCAAGGUCGAAUGAGGAUGAAAAAAACAGGAACAUGUCAAGUGUUAGCACAACAAGGAGAAUAAAAGCGGACAUACACUCAUAUACAAAAAAUGUCAUAUUCCAUGGCCAGUCAGGGUCCGACUCAAGAAGAAGACAAGAUUCCCGACACGAGCACUCAGCAGACAGCUCCAGACACUCGGCCACUGGACACGCACCAUCGUCUUCCAGGUCCCGGGCAGACGCACAUCGGGACACACACAGCACUCAGGCCAGUGACAGUGAAGGGCACUCUGACGUGUCAGGGAGACCUUCCACCUCCUCCCAUGGGAGGGCUGGGUCCAGUGGAAGGCACCACAGUGACUCCGCCCAUGACCAGUCAGGAGGCAGCUCCAGACGGCCUGGUGGCCAGCAGGGGCACAGAGCCCCUCGUGGCCACUCCGACGAUUCCCGGGAACACUCGGACUCUGAUGCCAGAAGGAGACAGGCACCUUCUCAUGGACACUCUGCUGACAGCUCCAGACACUCAGGCUCUCACCAAGCAGACGCAUCCUCUCGAGGACACAAUGUCGCAACCCAUGGGCACUCAGGGUCCGGCUCAAGAGGAAGACAAGAUUCCCGACACGAGCACUCAGCAGACAGCUCCAGACACUCGGCCACUGGACACGCACCAUCGUCUUCCAGGUCCCGGGCAGACGCACAUCGGGACACACACAGCACUCAGGCCAGUGACAGUGAAGGGCACUCUGACGUGUCAGGGAGACCUUCCACCUCCUCCCAUGGGAGGGCUGGGUCCAGUGGAAGGCACCACAGUGACUCCGCCCAUGACCAGUCAGGAGGCAGCUCCAGACGGCCUGGUGGCCAGCAGGGGCACAGAGCCCCUCGUGGCCACUCCGACGAUUCCCGGGAACACUCGGACUCUGAUGCCAGAAGGAGACAGGCACCUUCUCAUGGACACUCUGCUGACAGCUCCAGACACUCAGGCUCUCACCAAGCAGACGCAUCCUCUCGAGGACACAAUGUCGCAACCCAUGGGCACUCAGGGUCCGGCUCAAGAGGAAGACAAGAUUCCCGACACGAGCACUCAGCAGACAGCUCCAGACACUCGGCCACUGGACACGCACCAUCGUCUUCCAGGUCCCGGGCAGACGCACAUCGGGACACACACAGCACUCAGGCCAGUGACAGUGAAGGGCACUCUGACGUGUCAGGGAGACCUUCCACCUCCUCCCAUGGGAGGGCUGGGUCCAGUGGAAGGCACCACAGUGACUCCGCCCAUGACCAGUCAGGAGGCAGCUCCAGACGGCCUGGUGGCCAGCAGGGGCACAGAGCCCCUCGUGGCCACUCCGACGAUUCCCGGGAACACUCGGACUCUGAUGCCAGAAGGAGACAGGCACCUUCUCAUGGACACUCUGCUGACAGCUCCAGACACUCAGGCUCUCACCAAGCAGACGCAUCCUCUCGAGGACACAAUGUCGCAACCCCAUGGGCACUCAGGGUCCGGCUCAAGAGGAAGACAAGAUUCCCGACACGAGCACUCAGCAGACAGCUCCAGACACUCGGCCACUGGACACGCACCAUCGUCUUCCAGGUCCCGGGCAGACGCACAUCGGGACACACACAGCACUCAGGCCAGUGA